CUUCGCUUCGACUUCGCUUCUUCAAGUCCUCGCUGUUCCGCCUACUUUAGGCACUCGUUCUCGAAGCUCUUACCCUUUUCUAAAGCAACUUUUUCCCUCAAACCUUUACAUACGACGUAAUGGGUGGAGGACCUGGAGGCGCUGGUGGUGGGGUUAACUCCUCAUCCAUUCUAUGGGCCGCUAUUAUGUCUGCGUUUGCUGCUUUCGGUGGUAUCUUGUUCGGAUACGACACAGGAACCAUUGGGGGUAUCAUCGCAAUGGACGACUGGUUGAAGACCUUUGGAUCAUACGACUCAUCCAUCGGAUACUACUUGCCGACGAAUAACAGCAGUUUGGUGGUUUCGAUUCUCUCAGCCGGAACAUUUUUCGGCGCUCUGCUUUCCUACCCCAUGGGUGAUAUGAAACUUGAAAUAGUCUCUGCCUGUGUCAUCUUUUCUCUUGGUGUCGGACUACAGUUGGACACCAAGUGGGCAACGUUUAUCGUUGGACGAGUGAUUGCAGGUUUCGGUGUCGGGCUCGUCUCGUGUCUUGUACCCAUGUACCAAUCAGAGUGUGCGCCCAAAAACAUCCGUGGGCUCAUUGUUGGCCUCUAUCAACUUACCAUCACCAUCGGCGCUUUACUCGCUGCCAUUGUGCUGAACGCCACGAAAGAUCGACAAGACCACUCUUCAUGGCGCAUUCCUAUCGCCGUUCAAUUUGCCUGGGCCGCCGUUCUAGGUGGAGGAAUGAUGCUCCUUCCAGAAAGUCCCCGCUACCUCCUCCUGAAAGGCCGCGUUCAAGAAGCCCGCGUUUCCAUGGGCAGACUGCUUACCCAACCCGCCGAUUCGCCAGAGGUCAUCGACGAAUGUAAUGAAGUGUCUGAAGCACUCCAAAUUGAACGAGCACAUGGGUCUGGGUCGUAUCUCGAUUGCUUUAGGAAUAACGAGGACCGUAAUGGCUUCCGCACCUGGACUGGUAUUAUGUUGCAGGGAUGGCAGCAGCUCACUGGCAUCAACUUCAUCUUCUAUUACGGAACUACUUUCUUCAAAGCCUCGGGAAUCAAGAACCCUUUCAUCAUUACUAUUAUCGCGGAUGUCGUGAACACCGCUACGACGAUCGGCGGCAUUCAGCUCAUCGACAGAGUCGGUCGUCGCCGGCUUUUGCUUAUUGGUGCCGUUGGCAUGUGUAUCUGUGAAUUCAUUGUUGCGAUUGUUGGCGUUACUGCUGGAAACAUUCAAGCCGACGGAGCCGUCAACUUGGCUGCUCAGCGAGUGUUGAUCGCCUUUGUUUGCGUAUACAUCGCCUUCUUCGCUAUAUCAUGGGGCCCAGUUGCAUGGGUCGUUACCGGCGAAAUCUUCCCCCUCUCUGUCCGCGCGAAGAGCAUGAGUCUCGCCGUGGCCAGCAACUGGCUCUGGAAUUUCGGUAUCGGAUACGCUACUCCCUACCUCGUGAACAAAUCGACGACCGGUAUUAAUGGCGUUAAGACCGCUAAUCUCGGGGUCAAAGUCUUCUUCAUCUGGGGAGCAACUUGCGUGGGAUGUUUCUUCUUCACGUAUUUCUUCGUCCCAGAGACGCGAGGCUUGUCACUUGAGCAAAUUGAUACGCUUUACCGAGAAUCGUCCAUCGUCAAGUCUGUUUCGUACAACCGGAAGAUCCGAGCUGAGAACAUACAUGUAGGGCAUGUGGAAGACGUCGCCGAGGUGAAAUCGGACAAAGACGCCGAGAACUGAUCUUUCAAAUUUGUGUUCACGUAGGGAUACUUCAACUUGAAACGCCUGUUAUGAUGUAUCCGAUAGUUAAUGGUUUCUGUGAAAAAAAUUAAUUCUUGUCGUCUUGAAA